UUUUCCUCUACGAGCGCAUGGAGGUGUCCGCUGGGCUCCGGCUGCCGCCCGUCGCUGCGGCAGCGUCGCUCCUUGGCUGUCGGUCCGCGUCGGUGCCGCCGCGCGCGGCGGCUUCCCAUUCUGUGCGGUCCGUGUCCCGCGCGGUUAAGAUCAGAGCAGCUGCAAUUAACGGCCUCCAAAGAAACAGAAGUAAUCUCGAAUCAUUAUUCUGCUACGACAAAUCUGUCCCCGAGCAGGACAUUGGAGAACCAUCUGGUCUAAAUCUGGAAAAGAAGAAUGUCGGGGACAAGCCUCCCUGCUCAAGCUGUGAAGCUAAAGGUGCCUUGCUGUGUGCAACGUGCGCUGGUUCAGGCUUGUACGUCGACUCGAUACUAGAGAGCCAGGGAAUCAUCGUGAAAGUCAGAUGCCUAGGUUGCGGUGGAACUGGGAACAUCAUGUGCUCCAAAUGUGGAGGCCGUGGGCAUACAUAACAUGAACGCUAAAGCUUGCACCUUGCAGAUCAAAGGAGUUGACUCUAUGGAGAAUUUUCUCUGUGUUACAUGUUACGGUGUGCUGAGCUAGCUGCUGUAGCUACAUCGAGACAUGCUUUAGAAGGCUAAGUUAAUGAACUAUCCUCUUUUACUUUUUUUUUGUUCCCCACUUCCCCUCAUUCCGUGCUUAAAAGCAUGAUGCGUCAUGGGAUUUCAUGUGAUGUUGUAAUCGUAAAGGUGUAAUGGUAUGUGAAAGACACACUUCGUACAUGGAGGAGAAUGAGAGAUUAAAUUCAGUUGUGCUA